CAACGAUACGGACUCCUACGAGGCCAGUGUUUCACUGUUUUUCCAAAGAACUUCAAAAUUCUCCGAGCUGUUAUUAUUUCCAAAAUGUCUCGUCCUGUAUUAUCGACACACGUGUUAGACACUGCAGUAGGCUCACCAGCUGUUGGAGUUUUUAUAGAACUCUUUAAACAACACAACGAAGGAUCUUGGACUCAGUGGCACAGCGCUGUGACCUCCAGUGACGGACGUGCACUGUUUCCUUUCUCGAAGGAAUCAAUGGCGCCAGGAACUUAUAAGCUGAAGUUUGAUGUCGACACUUACUACAAAACGCUUGGAAAAAAGACCAUCUAUGACUAUGUUGAGAUAGUAUUCACGACAGAGGAAGACCAGCAUUACCACAUGCCGCUCCUACUGAGCCCCUACGGGUACACCACUUACCGUGGCAGCUGAAACCACGUGUCGGAUUAUACUUAUUUUAUUUUAAAUCUAUCCAAGCCUGAAAUUAUUCUUUUUUUUAUGCAACCUCAUAAAAAUAUUUUUUGGUAA